UGUAAAUCCUCCCAGUGUAUUUUGUGGAUAUCAACUAUCCAGCUUUGAGACCGGACGAAUCUUUCAAUAACCUGUCUCACACCUUUUUUCAAAAAAACUCCUCUUUGCCAACAUCUCAACCUCCUUUGACCGAUUGCGCUUAUUGUUUUACACCUUCUCUUGGUCAAUACCACUCGCCGCGCAGAUUGACCCACUAUCGCAACCCGAGAGAUGGCGGACGCGCCAAACAAAAUCACCAUCACUAUAUGUGGAGAUGGCGGAUGUGGAAAGUCGUCCAUCACCCUUCGAUUAGUACGCAGCCAAUGGAUUCACGAGUACGAUCCUACUAUCGAAGAUUCAUAUUCGGUGACACGGACCGUCGAUGGCGUCCCUUACUUUUUAGCGAUUACCGAUACCGCCGGCCAAGAAGAAUAUCGCGGACUGUGGGCGGCAUCUAACCUAAAAUCAGACGCUUUCCUUCUCGUCUACGACAUCACCAAUGCUUCUAGUUUGAACGCGCUGGAUUAUUUCAUGGAGAUGAUCGAUAUCGAGGCUGAACAACGGGUAGAAGACAACCAGCGUUUGCUGAAGGAAUUGGGAGAUAGCGCACAGGGCUUAGAAGUGGGGAUGCCUCCCCCUGUCAAGAUUAUCGCAGGAAACAAGUGCGAUCUUAAAGAAGGACGGGCUGUGGGAGCCAAAGAAGGUCUGGAAUAUGCUCGGAAACAUGGCUGUGGUUUCAUGGAAACAAGUGCAAGAGAGAUGGUGAAUAUCGAGGAAACUUUUGCCCUUUUAGUGCGUCGUGUGGUGGAGGCUCGUCAACAGCAUUACCAGAAAGACACUCAGGCCACCCAUUUACCACAAACUUCAGCUUCUUCACCUGUGAAAAGUUCUGCCGCUGCCGGCCAAAAUAAAGGCGCUGCUUUGAAGUCGUCCAACAAGGAAGGCUCACAUCUUCGAUCUUUCUGCUGUGGAAUAUUCCGUGGAAAGGAACGAUCAAGACAAAGCCAGCAACAAACAAAUGAGAACAGGAACUCCGUAUCGGCACACGGGGCAUCAUCAAAAUCCGCCACGCCGCGCCUGUGGAGGCGUUUGAGUUGCUGGUGAGCUCACAGAAUGCGUUAGUACAAGAGCCUAUCCCCGUUCUUGUUCCUGUCCUUUUCGCUUAUUAUUACUGUGUGUGUGUACUUUCUUUGCACAUGUUCUUCUAUCUUCAUAUACCCCUUCAUCUUCGUCAGCUUGCCACAUUGUUAAUUUACUGCUUCUGG